AUGUACAAAGAAGUAACCCUAGACUGCUGGGUAUAUACCAGUUGCUUGGAUACAUGUGCUAUAGAAAACGGACAGGGUUCAAAUGUACUCGUAAACAAACGCCAGUGUGAACCUCAAGGCCUAAUGAGGAAGUCUAUAGUGGAGUUUUAUUGUAUUGGAACGCCAUAUGAGGAAGGCUGUUCAUCCAAUAUAGCUUUUAACAAAUCUACAUCUAUGUCGACUCUGUGGACGGAUUGGGGAGAACCAUACAUAUAUAGAUCUCCCCUUGGUGUAGACGGUGACACAACACAAGAUAAAUAUGCAGCUACAUGCUUUGUUACUGACUAUGAAGUAGGACCCUGGUGGAGAGUCGACUUGGGGCUGUGUGACAGAGCACAUGACCUGGUUCUAUCUGUUGGUGUGACGGAAUCCGGCUUAUUUGUCCAGUAUUAUUUACCAUUCCUUUUUAGCACCUACCCAUUUACGUUCAUCAGCAGUACAGUCGCAAAAUUUGUCCAACUUGAGAUCAAUGCAACUUUUGCUGAGCACUUCCAUUUAUGCGAAGUUGAAGUGUACGGAGUUCCAGAAUGUGGAAGUCUACCAAAUCCAUCAAAUGGUUCAGUUUUUACCAUAGACACUACCCUCGACAACUAUGCUGAAUAUACGUGCAACACGGGGUUUGUUUUACUUGGAAACAGCGACAGGAAGUGUCAAUUAGACGGUACAUGGACAGGAAGUGAUCCAACAUGUGAGCCCGUGGACUGUGGUCUUUUGACAAGCCCUGAAAACGGUAUUGUAACUGUGUCGGGUUUAACAUACUUGAACAUAGCAACGUACAGCUGUUUAACUGGAUUUACUUUGACUGGGUCUGCCACGAGGAUCUGCAUGUCUGAUGGAAAUUGGAAUAGUUCUGCCCCGUCAUGCAAUCCUGUCGAUUGCGGCUUUUUGUCAAACCCUGAAAACGGAACUGUGUCAAUGUCUAGUUCAACAUAUAUGAGUACAGCAACGUACAGCUGUUUAACUGGAUUUAGUGUGACCGGAUCUGUCACGAGGAUCUGCAUGUCUGAUGGAAAUUGGAAUAGUUCUGCCCCGUCAUGCAAUUUUGUCGAUUGCGGCUCCUUGCCAAACCCUGAAAACGGAACUGUGUCAAUGUCUGGUUCAACGUAUAUGAGUACCGCAACGUACAGUUGUUUUACAGGAUUUAGUUUAAUUGGGUCUGUCACGAGGAUCUGCAUGUCUGAUGGAAAUUGGAAUAGUUCUGCCCCGUCAUGCAAUCUUGUCGACUGCGGCUCUUUGUCAAACCCUGAAAAUGGAACUGUGUCAAUGUCUGGUUCGACGUAUAUGGGUACAGCAAUGUACAGUUGUUUAACUGGAUUUACUUUGAAUGGAUCAUCUGCUAUGAUCUGCAUGUCUGAUGGAAAUUGGAACAGCACUGCCCCGUCAUGCAAUCCUGUUGACUGUGGCUCCUUGUCAAGCCCUGCCAACGGAACUGUAUCAAUGUCUGGUUCAACAUAUAUGAGUACAGCAACGUACAUUUGUUUUACAGGAUUUAGUCUGACCGGGUCUGUCACGAGAAUCUGCAUGUCUGACGGAAAUUGGAACAGUUCAGACCCAUCCUGCUUGACUUUAACAUCAGUGAGCACAAAUACGUCAGCAUCUUUGUCAACUCCGAACGCUUUAAUCUCAGGAACAUUCACUACAACAUUGUCGUCUGCAACAACCAUGCCAAACCCGCCGAGGAUAUAUAUUAUGCCAUGUAUUUGUUACCCUAACAAAACUUUUACAGGUUUGACUCGGGAGGAAAUUAUCUUAAAACUCAUCACAGAAACUGAAAUAGACCACAAAGCCACGACAUUGUCAAAAUCCAAACUAAUUUGCAGAGAAGAUUCCAGGAAAUCAUCAAAGAUAAUGGGGGCAGUCGGGGCGAGUGUUUUAAGUACAGUAUUCGGACUAAUUUUUUGUUCAGACCUGGUUACGUUGUUGAUUAAACUAAAAUCUGUUUGUACUUUGAAUAAGGUGGCAGCGAACGUUUAGCACUCAGAUAGUUAAUGUUUCUUAUUUGGUUAGUAAGCCAACCUUCAAGAGCCUAACACGCUAUAUAUCUGUGAUAUUUUAUAGCCCUAAUCGAAAGGUCUUGAAAUCAUGAGUAUACAGAAAAAGUGUUUACAUGUAAUAUUUUGGAACUGGUUGAAGAAGAUCGUUUAUUUUAACAGAAUAGAAUUGAAAAUAUACCUUUCUGAACGUUAAAAACAAUAAUGAUUAAAAAGCGAAACAAAAGAAACUUCAAUUUAGAGAUAUACUUACGGGCAGUGUAGUUGUGAAUAAUUAGAAAUUUACUUUGAAUAUAAAAAUACAUUUAAAAUAUG